CACCAGCAGAAGGAGGAGGGGGCGCCGAGCCGAUGUCCUCUCUGGUGCACUCAGCCAACCUCUGCCGUUGUAAAGCUGGUGCUGCCCUGGUGUGUCGGCGUAAAGGAUCCGCCGAGAAUCCCCGAUUCGCUGGCGUCGAGAUCCUCCAAGUUGGCCGUUUUCCGCUUCGGACAUCAUUUCGCACCCGUAUUACGCAUGGAAUGGUUUUGGGGGGACUGGAGUAGAAAUGCAGCGCCGCACGUCCAGCCCACAACAAGAACCAUGCCCAACUUACACUGCAAGCAAACCUAUGUCAUCCUGUUUUAUCUUUUACGACUUUGAUAUGAGAGAAAUCUGCUCGGAUCUCGACGAGGAGUGAAGGAAACAAUCCCCGCCGCCGGCACCGGCUGAAGGACGCUGUUUUUCGCUGCAGAAGCUCCAGUAACCCAAACCCUCCCUCUCUCCCCCCUACCCCCAACCCCCCCCCCUGCCCCCCUCCGCGCGCGCGCUCAGCAUUUAGGAUUUUCCUCUUUUUGAUGGAGCUGGAGAACAUAGUAGCCAACACUGUACUGCUAAAAGCGAGAGAGGGUGGAGGUGGAAAACGGAAAGGCAGGAGUAAAAAAUGGAAGGAGAUCCUUCGCUUUCCUCACAUAAGCCAGUGUGCUGAACUGGGAAAAAUCAUCGAGAGGGAUUAUGCCAGCAUCUGCGACAAGCAGCCUAUUGGACGGCUUCUCUUUCGUCUUUACUGUGAGACCAAACCCAACUUGCAACGAUGCAUCCAGCUGCUGGACGCAACGGAAGACUAUGAGGUUACACCUGAUGAGAAAAGAAAAAGCAGGGGGGAGCAAAUCAUCAAGACCUUCCUUUCAAAACAAUCACCUCAGCGAGUAGACAUAGCCGAGGUUUUUGCAGAGCAAUGCAGAGAAAACCUGGAGCUCAGUCCAUGUAAGGAGAUCUUCAGCGACUGCCGCAAGGCAGUCCAUGAGUACCUGAGUGGAGCUCCGUAUUCAGACUAUCAGAACAGCAUGUACUUCGACCGCUUUCUUCAGUGGAAGAUGCUGGAGAGGCAACCGAUCACUAAAGACACAUUCAGACAGUACCGGGUGCUGGGAAAGGGCGGAUUUGGGGAGGUGUGCGCAUGCCAGGUCAGAGCAACAGGCAAGAUGUACGCCUGCAAGAAACUGGAGAAGAAGAGGAUCAAGAAGAGGAAAGGAGAGUCCAUGGCUCUGAAUGAGAAGCAGAUAUUGGAGAAAGUCAACAGUCGGUUUGUUGUGAGCCUGGCGUACGCGUACGAGACCAAAGACGCACUGUGUCUGGUGCUGACCAUCAUGAACGGCGGCGACCUGAAGUUUCACAUCUACAACAUGGGCACGCCGGGCUUUGACAAAGACAGGGUCCAGUUCUACGCUGCUCAGAUCUGCUGCGGACUCGAGCAUUUGCACAGGGAAUCUAUUGUCUACAGGGAUUUGAAACCAGAAAACAUCUUAUUAGAUGAUAAUGGACACAUUCGGAUCUCUGACCUGGGGCUGGCCAUCAAAGUGCCUGAAGGAGAACUCAUCAGAGGCAGGGUGGGGACAGUAGGCUACAUGGCUCCAGAGGUGAUCAACAAUGAAAAAUAUGCCAUGAGCCCCGACUGGUGGGGACUGGGCUGCCUCGUUUACGAGAUGACCGCGGGACGAUCGCCCUUUCGUGCCCGGAAAGAGCGAGUGAAGCGGGAAGAAGUGGAGAGAAGGGUGCAGGAGGAAGAGGAGGAGUACAACGACAAGUUUACAGAGGACGCAAAGGCGAUCUGCAGAAUGCUGCUCACCAAAGACCCCAAGCAGAGGCUUGGGUGUAACGCGGAUGGAGCAGCGGGCGUCAAGGCCCACUCGUUCUUCAAAAACAUCAACUUCAAGAGGAUGGAGGCCGGAAUUGUAGAUCCUCCCUUCGUGCCUGAUCCUCGGGCCGUGUACUGUAAGGACGUUUUGGACAUAGAGCAGUUCUCCACUGUCAAGGGAGUAAAUUUGGACCAAACCGACAACGACUUCUACUCCAAAUUUGCUACGGGCUGUGUUCCCAUCCCAUGGCAGAAUGAGAUGAUAGAAACGGAGUGUUUCAGAGAUCUGAACGUGUUUGGGCCUCAAGGGACGAGACCUCCCGAUCUGGACUGGAAUCAGCCGCCGGAGCCACCCAGACGUAGCCUGCUGGACAGGAUCUUCAGGAGGCAUCACCCAGAUGUGUCCAUCUCCAACAGCCGUGUGCAGUCUUCCAGUGUAAAUUCUGUGGACUCCAUGUCCAACUCUGCCCCCUAGUGGCACAGCGGACAGUGUGGGACCUACUUAAACCACAAACGUACUCUCAAGAAGGGAAGGAGCUCGGAAGGGCUUCCCUGUUGCUGAUUGGUCCGCAGCUCAAAGGCCUGAGCAGCAGCUGGAGACAGCCUGUUUGAAAGCCUAAAUGGUCGGGAAGGGAGGGCAGGGGACAGGGUGGGGGGAUUGACCGGGCCCUGAGAUCCUGGGCAUUAGUAGUAGGACACUUGAUGUUGUGGAGAUGUUUGGAAAUAUUCAGACAAACCUUACUUUCCCUCAGGAUUGUUGGACUGUAGAACAGAGCCACUGUUGUUGUUCUUGAACCAGAAAAAGGAUUUAAAAAACAAACUGAUAAUCAGGGGAUUCACUGUAUAAUAAAGACCACCACAGGGAAUAAAGGUUGGGUAGGGGUGGGUGGGGGUAAGGGUAAGUGAAUUUUGUUUUUCAAAGAAUAAAAAAGGGUCUUUUUUUUUUUUUUGCUUUAAUUUCAGUCUUGUACUUUCUGGCUUGUAUCUUGUACCAAUUUCUCUCUCAUCUCUCUGCUUUCCCCUGACGUGUCGCCAUCUGCACAACUCUUAACUUAUUCUUUCUCCGUUCUUCACCUUCCAGACCUCAGAUCAGUCCUAAACAUUCAGAACACGCCACCUCAGCAACCUCAAACGCACGAUGUACAUUGCCUUCGCGUACACUCAGGCCAAAGAUUGCGGUUCUAGUUUUGUGAUACUGUUGUCAUGUUGAAUUGUUGAUUUUUUGAAGGUUUUUAGCUGUUGUGUAGAACUACAGGAGGAUCAGAAUGUGUGAUCCCAUUUAUAGACUUUUCUUUAAAUAUGAGCCUGCAGACAUAUCAUACAGCUUCAAGCACACACUCAUACACACACACGCAUACAGUACAGCGCCUUCCAGAACUAUCCGUACCUCCUGAAUACGUCAUUGUCAAUUACAACCACAAGCUUCACUGGGUUUCUUUGGGAGUUUAUGAUUGACUGACACGAUGUAGCCCAUGGUAUGUCGUUUUAAACUUUAUUUAAACUAAAAAUCUAAAAAGUGUGGCAUGCAUUUGCAUUAACUCCUCCAGUAAAUAUUUUAUUGAACCACCUUUUGCUGCAUUUGGUGUACGCCUCUUACAGCUUUUUCACAUAUUUUUGCCAGUUCUACUUGGCGAAACACCUUGAACAUUUUCAGAUAUCUGAAGACGCUCAACUGGAUUCAGACUUUAUCUUGGCAUUCCACUGCAGCUGUGGUUCUGUUCAGGGUCCUGGUUCCACUGGAAGAUGAACCUGUCGGUGUAUGUAGAAGGCUUUGACUUCUUAAACUUGCAGCUGUGCUUCACCCUUUCCACUUUUCAUUCAACUCAAAUUCAGUUCUACUCAAAAACAUGUUAUUUAUCCCGAAGGGAAAUGAAAUGUCUUUGCAACUCGUACCGUCCAGUCAUCUUCAGAGUCAUCGUGGAUGUGGACACGGCGCUGCUGCUCCAGCAUGCUGCCACUUUGAGCUGCGCAAGUCUAGAAUAACAAGUUGAUGGGUUGUUGAACAUUUUUCUGUAAGAGGCUCUUCUAAGUUUACGUUAUUUGAGAACUCAAAACUGUUUAAAUAUCUUAAUCUGCCCCCAAUCUCUGACCUUUUUGGUUUUCGUUAUGCUGUUUCUUUAGUAAUGCUCUCUAACAAACCACACAGGGCUUCACAGAACAGCUAGGAUUACAUUUGAAAAAGAUUAAGUCUUUUUUUAAUUGUUAGUUAUUUCAAGGUAUGAGAGUAAAAGGCGGUCAGUACAAAUGCAUGCCAAACUUUUCACAUUUGUAGCUAUAAAAA